GUUCAGUGCGAGAGAGCUGGCCUUGAAUGGCAUGUAAGUUGAAUUGGUUUUUAUAUCUCUUUAUCUUUAUUUAAGCAAAACUCAAUCUAAGUACGGACUCUGAGUUUCUUUAAUUCUGAUUUAAUGAAUCCACAACAAGAUUCGGAACUCUUUUGAGUCCAAACUCGAAACAGCUCACCUCGAGAGUAUUAUCACAUGACCUACUUUUGAGAAUACAAUACGCUUAGGUAAAGAGGUCUAUUCCUUGUAUGUCCUAAGAAACGCAUCCUUACAGAUGGAUUUUUCCGAGUUCUCGUUGGAUAAAACUUCUUACGCGAUACGACCCAGGGAAAAGAAUAGUUUGAAUCAAAUCAAUUCGUGGUGAGGUAGUUAUUCGGAUGAAAUGGUCCGAUUUAUAGAGCGCCUUUUUAAUUGCCUAAUACUAGUAUAGUCUGUUUAGGUUUUACUUUGUAAGAUAGUUUUUGAUUGGUUGUGAGAAAUCAUGCUACUUUGUCAGCAACCAAUCAGAAGUUACUUUCGCUGACGCGUUUUUCCCGCGCUUAGCUCUGGCUGCGCGGCCAAUCUGCUUUGAUAUGUGAUUGGUUCAUUAUCCGUUUGCUAUAAUUAGCAGAGUGUCAGAAAAAAACAAAAAGCAAAAAACGUUAAAAUCUUCUUUUACAGGAAGAAUUGCACAACGCCUGUGUUAAAGAGGGGAUAAAAGGAAAGCGACUUACAAAGGUAACCUUUUUGUUGCAGCGUACUCAGUUUUUAUCCAUAAAGGAUUUUAAACGGUUUCCUAUGUUUUUGAUGUGCGGUUCAGAAAUAUUCGUGAAGCCACAAGGGCGAGAUUUUGAUUUUCCCUCGGCUCAUUUUCGUUCUUCGUAUUUCUUUUCUCGCAGGCGGUGGAAAGCUUUGCUUGGAACAUCCGGGUGUUAAAAGGCCAGGCAGAAUUACUCUUGAACGCGAAAAGUGAAUGCCAGGAAUAUCUUCGACAGGUAACUUAAGUUAUAUAAUUACUAUUUGAAAUAGCCGGCCUUUUUCGUAGUUGCUUUAUGCCUCAAUUUUAAAACCUGGUUUACUGCAAAGUCUUUGAUGUGAAAAUGAUUUUCUUUGUUUGAGCGAUUGAAGGGAGUUGGUGGCCGUGACAAUUUCCCGCCAAAAACUGGGUCUCGCGCUAGGAUCCAGUCUUCCAUCGUCUGAUUGUGCGGUAGUCAUGCAAAAGAAACUCAUUUUCCGAAGAAAGCUUUUUUCCUUGGCUUAUUUUGAAAGUGAGAGUUUUGGAACUCGGAAAUGACCUACUGGCAUUGAAGAGGUGAAGGUUUCCCAGACUUCUCUUAGUUUUACAUUUUCCCAUUCUGCCAUGAAAGCCUGUGAUCAUUCCUUGAUAGGGACGAAAUAUACUUGUUUCACGUUAGCCAUGUAAUAGGUUAUUGAUUCGUAAGAUUUGACACUUGUGAACGGAACGUUAGCCCUUUAAGGUUACCUCUGUUCAUUUUUCAAUUUUGUGCUCAGUGCCCUGGCCAUUGAAUAGAACUAAGGCUGGAGGUGACCUUCUUCCUUCUUUUCAUGUGCAAAUCGUGUUAUUCUCAUGCUAACAAGCCCGCGAACAGGAUCAUGUACACGUCAUCUCCAGCCUCGCUUCUAUUCAAAGGCCAGGACACUGAGCACACAACUCUAGAAUUGUCUUUUGUAGCCUCGAAUCAUAAUUAUGAUUACUUUUAUUGUCAGAUACAAGAGGCAACUAUCUCCACCGGUCUCGUGAAAUCUGUUGGGUGUAACCUCUGA